AUGCAGCCUGUUCCAAGGCCAAACUUUCACAAUUCUGUCAGAAUGGUCUGUGAUCAACAUCAUUUCUUUACAUUUAGACUGUAAACUCUCAGUUUUCUGUAACAAAGAACUACAGAACGCCAUGUUUAGAACACUGAUUUUUAUAGCUUUGGCCUGUUUACCUUGUGUUUAUUUGGCACGGCUGCAAUUUUCUUUGCAAGAGGAAUUUCUACAGGCUUUGGAAGAAGAAGACCUGCAAUUGUACUUUGGCACCAACUCUAUGCUUGAAGUUCCAGAAUUUGACAUUGUUGAUGUUUAUUGCACUUGUGAAGACCACCAUGGAUCACCUCCCUGUACACAGAUGUGCUCCCUGAAGACAUCUGAAGCUACAUAUAAUUUUGAAUUUCAAGAGCAGGGCUUUAUAUCACAAGCAUUCCUAAAUGAACUUAUUCUGAAUUCAUCAUACAGCUUGAUAAAAAAACUUCCAAAAGAUUUCCAAGCAAGUGGGAAGUUAGUAAGUCCCCCCGAGGUUCGAUCAGCAGUCACUUACUGCCAUGGUCAUCUGCAAGGUUUGGUGUUUGGAAAUGGCAGAAAAAUGUAUAUUCAACCUGUCAGGGAAGAGCACUUGAAACACAUGGGUAGGAGUACUUUGCCUAGUCUUCACGUAAUCUUUUUCCAAGGAGAAACUAACAGCCAACAUCAAGCCAGAAACUCAAGUCAUGACAUUCAGAAACGAGCUGUUGAUGACCUGAAAUACCUGGAGCUGUUACUUGUUAUUGGCCCUGAUGUCUACCAGUUUCAUACACAGGAUACAGAAAGAUAUAUCCUUACUAAUCUUAACAUCGCAGCAGAACUCUUAAGAGACCCAUCGCUUGGAGCACAGUUCAGAAUUCAUCUGGUCAGCAUGAUUACAUUAACUGAAAUGGAGACAGGGAUUGACAUCAAUAAAAACAUCACCUCAUCUUUGAUAAAUGUUUGUGACUGGAGCAGAAAAUUCAUCUCAUUGAAUGACUCUGAUCCAAAACAUGCGGAUCUUGUGCUGUAUGUGACGAGGUUUGACCUGGAGUUACCAGAUGGAAACAGACAGGUCCGCGGAGUCACACAAUUUGGAGGUGCUUGUUCUGCAAAUUGGAGUUGUGUGAUUGCUGAAGAUACUGGUUUUGAUCUUGGCAUUACCAUGGCACAUGAGAUUGGACACAGCUUUGGGAUCAGUCAUGAUGGAGAGAACAACAGGUGCACAGAGACAGAUCAUAUCAUGGCAUCUGAAGGGGGCCACAAUAGUGUGGACCUCACAUGGUCUGAGUGCAGCAGAGAGCAGAUUUUAAGCUUCAUCAGCACAGAGCUAGCCAGCUGCUUGAAUGAUGUCCCUGACCUGAAAGAAGAUACCCCAAGCUGGAAACCUGGUCUGUACUACGGAGCUGAUGAGCAGUGUAAGAUUGCUUUUGGAAGUACAGCAACAGCCUGCACCUUCGCUGUAAAUGACAUGGAUGUAUGUCGAGUAUUGUCCUGCCAUACAAGCCCAGGGAAACUUGCCAGUUGUGCUCGUCUGAUUAUUCCAUUACUAGACUGGACAGAAUGUGGGACCAAUAAGUGGUGUAUGAAAGGACGCUGUACCCCUUUAGAAGAAUUGAGACCUACUGGAGUAGUUAAUGGGGCCUGGUCCAGUUGGAGCAGCUUUACAACCUGUUCUCGGAGUUGUGGUGGAGGAAUAAAAGCCAGAAAAAGGCAAUGCAACAACCCAAGACCUGCCUUUGGGGGAAGAAAGUGUGACGGACCAGAACUUCAGGCAGAAAUGUGUAACACACAGGCCUGUUCGGUUACACAGCUGGAUUACAUGGCAGAACAAUGUGCAGCCACCAAUCAACAGCCUUUAUUUCUUACUCCAGAUGUUCCAUCAUUUUAUCAGUGGACCCCAGCUAUUGAACAUGCAAAAGGGAAUGCACUAUGUAAAUACACCUGCAAAGCAGAGGAGAAGAAUUUCAUGGUGAGCCGUGGGGACAACUUUAAAGAUGGAACAAGAUGUGCUCAGAGCAGUUCCGACCUCUCUGCUGCAUAUAGCCUUUGUGUUGGUGGAAGAUGUGAGAAGUUUGGGUGUGAUGGCAUGCUGAAUUCUGGGAAAAGGAUGGACCACUGUGGUAUAUGUGGAGGAGACCACACAACAUGUUCAGAACAAAAUGGAACCUUCAGCAAAGGGACCCCAAAAGAAUAUAUUACUUUUUUGACAAUUCCUCUGAAUUCAACAACCAUCUACAUCCUCAAUAAGAACUCAGUAUUUACACAUCUUGCUGUGAAAGUGAAUAAUAAAUACAUGGUUGCAGGAAAAGGAAGCAUUUCUUCAAAUAUUACAUACCCUUCAGUUUUGGAAGACCAGCAGAUUAACUACCAUAUCUACUUAACCGAGGACAACAUACCAGAUAGUGAAGACAUCUACAUUCCUGGGCCAGUACAAGAAACUAUUGAAAUACAGGUAUAUAGGAAGUAUGGAGCAGAAUACGGAGAAGUCACAAAUCCCCAUAUCAGCUAUAGCUACUUCAUACCAAAGACAGAAACUAUAGAUACCGGAUCAGAAAUGUGUAAAGAAGAACAAGUCGGCUAUCAGAUAUGCCGUGACCAAAACACUGAAGCAAAAAGCGAGCCCGAGUCCAUGCUGCCACCAACUGUCAGCUGGAAAGUUGGUGAGUUUGGCCCCUGUAGUGUUACGUGUGGGGGAGGAACCAUGGAGCGAGAUGUACACUGUGCAAAGAAUGAAACAGGUUUCAUAACAACAAUACCUUUGUCUGAAUGUAAAGAACUCACAAAACCUGCAUCUGUGGAACCAUGUAGCAACAGUUCAUGUCCUCCAAAAUGGAAGAUCCAAGCACAAUCCCCAUGCAGUGUUUCCUGUGGUGGUGGGUUGAUGCAAAGAGAGGUGGUGUGUGUCCAAGAAGAGCUAAGAUCUGACAAAGUAGUACCAAAUGAAGACUGUGACUCUACAACUCAGCCUCGCCUCACAGAACCUUGCAACAUUAAUCCAUGCCCUCCAAGCUGGACCAUAUCUGAAGCAGGAAAUUGUUCUGCUGUUUGCGGCCAUGGUGUUGUCGAACAGAAGGUGAUCUGUGUUCAGUUUCACAACGGUUCCUUUACCAGAGUAGACGAAAAUCAGUGCACAUUUGCAGAAAAGCCUGCAAACUUUGUGGAGUGUGUGGUCGACAUCUGCCCAUUAGGAUGGGAUGAGGCACAAGAGGACAGUAAUACUGACAGUGGAACAGUUCCUUCUCUGCAGACCAGAUUAGGUGUCAUCAGUAAGCAUGUCUAUGUGUGGAGCCCUAUGAUCAGUAAAUGCUCAGUUACCUGUGGUGGAGGAGUAGCUGCAGUUCACUAUAUCUGCCUUGCUUUUGACACAAAAGAGAAAGUUCCUGAGGAUCACUGCAUUAGGACAUCUAAACCUGAGAGAAGAUUAGAAACGUGUAAUACUGAAAUGUGCCCAGCCAGGUGGAGUUUCAAAAGGGAUACUUGUAGUGUUACAUGUGGAACAGGAGUCAUUCGUCGAGUUUUGUACUGUGCAAGAGUUAAUGGAGAGAAGGAGGAGCCUGUGGCAGAUGAAGAGUGCCAGGGUCUGUCACCUCCAGAGGAUCAUGAACCUUGUAUUCUGAGUCCUUGUCCUGCAAGGUGGAAAACUACAGAGUCAGAAAAGUGUUCUGCCCUCUGUGGUGUUGGCAUUGCCAAUAGAACUGUGAUCUGUAUCCAGCUUCAGAAUGGCUUAGAAAUUAAGGUUGAUGAAAGUCAAUGUGUGGCAAAAGAAAAACCUGCUUCCCUCACUCCUUGUGUGGUCAACAUCUGCAGAUUCAGUUGGUAUGUCACAGACUGGACAAAGUGCUCAGCUUCUUGUGGAAAUGGAGUUCAAACCAGACAGGACUUUUGUGUGAAUUGGAAAACCAAACAACAGGUAGAGCCAGUGUUCUGCAGAAAUUUUCCUAAACCAAUCACUGUACAAGGCUGUUACGUGGGCCCUUGUGCCACAGAAAUGGCAUUACAAGGGACUUUAACACCAGGAGCUAAUUAUUCAGUUCCUGCCAUUGAGAUGGACAUACAGAAUGAGCGAUUACAGGCUGCGACAGCUUUGCCUGCAACUACUACAGUUUCACCAACAGAUUUUAAAACUUCAGACGAUACGGAACAUCUGGAGCGACCUUACUCAGGCAACAAUAUCUGUGGAAAGCUUUUUCACAAUGCGUCUGGAAUCCUAAAUCUGACUAGUAUAUAUACCAGAGAUUGCAGUUUUUCUGUUAUCCGGCCAUUAGGUGAAGUAAUCACAGUCAAAGUUCUACACAGCUCAUUAAACUGCAGCCAAGGGGAAUUUUUAUUGUUUUAUGAACGCUUGAUGUGGAGAAAAACAUGUGAACGGCUUUUACAUUUAUCCCUGAACUCAAAAACUAAUGCACUGAUGAUCAGACAACUACAACUUGCGCAAGGCCAUGGCGUGGUUUUACAGUAUGGAAGCAAGCCAGCUACAAAAAAAUAUCACACAGACUGUGAUGUGCAGCUCUUUGAAAUGAAGGGCAAGAUUGUCAGCCCAGUAAAAUCUCACAGCGACAUGCAGGUGUGCCGCGCCUUCAUCAAUGUUGCCCCUGAACAUCGUAUAAUUAUUCAUGUUCUAAUCUUUAAUCAAGUGAAGGGGCUAAACAUGUCACAGUCAAAUUCUGUCUUGAUCCGUGAUGUGGAGACUCAGAAAACAGUUAUCAUACAUGGAAACUACAUCAUCACUUGGCAGUCGACUGGAAGUCGAGUUGAGAUCGAGUUUCAUGGGAACUUUUCCAAAGAACAUAUAGUUUUCCAUGCUUGGUACCUAGCUGUUAGCUCAAAAAACAGAAGAACAUGACAUGGAUGCAACAGAUGUCAUUCCUACCUGUGAUUAAUAUCUUUCCUGGUUGUACUGUGCUCAUAAAACUGAUUUCUAUUAUCCCCUACCUAUUAAAAUGCAAAAAAAGGACUGUAUCCAUCAAAAGGCAUGCAUGAUCUCCUGAGCAAAAGUGCUACACAUUUACAUAACAAGUCAAGUAGUAUUCCAAUCCAUCCAUCUUCAACCCCUUUUCCCAUUUUGCACAUGGGAUUGGGGUGUCACUUCAGCAGUGACAAUAAUCUCAAG